UGGCGCCUGCGGGGCGGACCUCGGGAGGGCGGCGGGAGCUGGUGUUAGUGGUGGUGACCACGGGCUGCUAGCCGACCGGGACCGGGACCGGGACCGGGGCCGGGUGUGGGGGCCCCCUCCCGCGGACAGCAGCGACGCGGCGCCUUGGCAGAUGGCUCCCUCGGGCUCGGCGCGCGCCCUGCGAGCUUGCGCUGUGUUCUCAUUUCACUAGCGAGGAGGCUUAGGCAGAGAGGCGAAGACAUUAGUCCAAGGUCACGCAGCUGGGUCUCCACCACCCAGCUCCAUGCUUCGAAUCCUGCUCUCUGCCCAGACUUCCCCUGCUCGGCUGUCUGGCUUGCUGCUCAUCCCACCAGUACAGCCCUGUUGUUUGGGACCCAGCAAGUCCGGGGACCGGCCUUUUGGAGGAGGCCCUGUGCAAGGCCUUCAACGGCUUCUGGAACAGGCACGGAACCCUGGGGAGCUACUGCGAUGGCUGAGCCAGAACCCCACCAAGGUGCGAGCUCAUCACUACCCCGUGGCACUCCGGCGUCUGGGCCAGCUCUUGGUGUCUCAGCCUAGGCCCUCUCCUGUGGAGCAGGCCACACUGCAGGACUUGAGUCAGCUCAUCAUCCGAAACUGCCCCUCCUUUGACGUUCACACCAUCCAUGUGUGUCUCCACCUUGCAGUCUUACUUGGCUUUCCAUCAGAUGGACCACUCCUGUGUGCCCUCGAGCAGGAGCGCAGGUCCCGUCUCCCUCCAAAGCCGCCCUCCCCACAUCAGCCUGCCAUCUAUGGUGGUCAAAGGUUGGAAGCGGCCCUGAGCUGCCCCCGUUUCCUGCAGUACCCUCGUCAGCAUCUGAUCAGGAGCCUGGCAGAGGCAAGGCCAGAAGAACUGACUCCUCAUGUAAUGGUGCUUCUGGCCCAGCACCUGGCCCGGCACCGCUUGCGGGAACCCCAACUUCUGGAAGCCAUUGCUCAUUUCCUGGUGGUUCAGGAAGCCCAGCUCAACAGCAAGGCGGUACAGAAGUUGGUCCUGCCUUUUGGGAGGUUGAACUACAUGCCCCUGGAGCAGCAAUUUAUGCCCUGUCUUGAGAGGAUCUUGGCUCGGGAAGCAGGGGUGGCACCCUUGGCCACAGUCAACAUUUUGAUGUCACUGUGCCAGCUUCAGUGCUUGCCCUUCAGAGCCCUGCAGUUUGUCUUUUCUCCCAGUUUCAUCAACCACAUCAAUGGCACCCCGCCUUCUCUGAUUGUGCGACGCUACCUCUCUCUUCUCGAUACGGCUGUGGAGCUUGAACUCCCAGGAUACCAAGGCCCCCGCCUUCCCCAGAGGCAGCGAGUGCCCAUCUUCCCACAGCCCCUCAUCACUGACCGUGCACGCUGCAAAUACAGUCACAAGGACAUGGUAGCUGAGGGACUGCGCCAGCUGUUAGGGGAAGAAAACUACCGUCAGAAUCUGACGGUACCUCCAGGCUACUGCACAGACUUUCUACUCUGUGUGGGUAGUUCUGGUGCUGUGCUACCUAUGAGGACGCAAGACCCCUUCCUGCCCUACCCACCACGGUCCUGCCAACAGGGCCAGGCAAACUUUAACUCCACACCCCAAGACCCUGCCCAAAGGGUGGUGCUGAUGCUGCGAGAACGCUGGCAUUUCUGCCGAGACGGCAGGGUGCUGCUGGGCUCUCGGGCCCUGAGGGAGCGGCACCUGGGCCUAAUGGGCUACCAACUCCUACCGCUGCCAUUUGAAGAGCUGGAGUCUCAAAGAGGUCUGCCGCAGCUCAAGAGCUACCUGAGGCAAAAACUUCAGGCCUUAGGUCUUCGCUGGGGACCUGAGGGUGGGUGAGGGGGUACACACAGGGUUCAGGAUGGAUCCCCUAUGGGGAGGAGGGCGGACAAUUUGCACUUUGGCUCCCUGUUAUUUUUUUCAUUAAAAUCCCUUUCCUUCCUGAUGAUGAAUCUUGUUUCUGGGAUAACUGGGCUGGGCCACCACCUCUUUCCAUUCAUGACCCUCACCACCAAAGACACAAGACCAAGCCUAGGUUGGGGUUGAAGCACUUUACUGCAGGGUAAGGCGAAGGGGGCUUUAAAUUAUUCACUUAAAUAAAAAUGAGGAGGGGAGCCCCAGCC